ACGGUGAUCAGCGAGCAUUAGCCACUCAAACACACCCACAAAAGUGUUGUCAACAAACGCAGAGGACUGUUAAACACGGACGAAAAAGUCGCCAGGAGCUGAAGUCACUGCAUCUCCUCCUGAACUCUGUCCCAUCAUGGCUCUAUCAGGAUCUCAAACACCGGACGAUGCUUUGCACGGUUCUUGGGUGGAGCUGGAGGGUCUGGUGGCAUCUGCAAGUCAAACAGAAGGAGAAGUAGGAGCACAGGACACCACAGCCUCCUUCCUGCAGGGGGAGCUGGAGAGGAUUCUGCUGGAAGCUCAGCUGGAGUGUGAGAGGAGUAGUCAAACAGAAAGUCCUCCGCAGGUCGUGACACCGAGAACAUCUGAAUCUCCCAAACCAGCCAGUGAGGGCAGCAGCAGCACAGAUUGUGUUACUAUACAGUCGGAUGAGAAUGACAGGCGAGUGAGUGCUGAAUGGGUGUGGGAUUGGUCCAGUCGGCCAGAAAACCUCCCGCCCAAGGAGUUUGUGUUUCAUCACCCAAAGCAGUCUGGCUCUCUGAGCGUGAGGAAGACUGAGGUGAUGAAGAGGGGUUUGUUUUCCUCAGACGUGCUCCUCAUCCUCCUGCCGUCUCUGCUCGCCUCACACGCUCUGACGCUGGGUCUGGGAAUAUAUAUAGGGAAACGGCUGGCAUCCUCCUCCACCAGCACGCUGUGACAUGUGACAUCUGGCAGCUCACUGAUUGGCUGAGACCGCUGCCGCUAGCACUGUAGCCCAAUCACGCCUCUCUUCUCCUCUUGUGAUGGGCAACUGCCUCUUCUGCCACUGUCUGUCUGUCUGUCCUGCCGCAAAACCAGUCUGUCUGUCUGUCUCUGUGUGUCUCCACAUAUUUAAACGGGGUCAUAUCACGAGGAAUCAAAGCUUUUCAGAUAAAAGAGCCUGAUGUAUUAUGACAGUAUACUGUUUUAAGAAUAAUGUACUUUUUCUUCCCAAGAAGAGCAUUUAUUGAAACAACGCUACAAAAACAACUUGUUCUGAACUCCUUCUCACUAAAAAAGAUUUAGACCUAAAUGUAUUUGAAUUACAUAUAAAAUUUAUAUCCAUUUGGAUUACACAACAUAAACAAACUGUUAAACUGUUAUUAAUGCAAUGCAUACUUUUCAGUCAUACAUAAAUGAAACUGAUAAGAUUACUACACUCAAAAAACAAACUAUGGUGUAGUUUAACUAUUUGCAUCUAUUUGAUUAUAUUAAAAAAAUUGUAUUUUCAAAAUGCAUUUAUUCAAAUUGAUUAGAAUUUGCAUAAACCUGUUCAUUAUGAAAACAAUUAAAUUUAUUCAGUUAAAAGUAUGAACAUGGCUAGAAAUAUUCAGUUAGUUAAAAUGUAUGAGAUUGAAACAAAUAGGUUUUAUGAAUGAUAAAUAUGUAAACCUGGUUAUGAUUUCAUUUGAUUACAUGUAUGAUUAAAUUUCAUUUAUUACAGAAAUCUUACCCAUAUGACCUGGCAAAUAAGCAGUUUAACAGUUUAUGUUAAAACUCUAGUCCAAAUAGAUGGAAAUUUUAUAUGCAAUUCAAAUACACAAGUCUUAAAUUUCGGCCUCAAUAUUUCUGAUGUCCAACUGAUUAAUACGUUAUCACAUGACUUAUCAAAUGUAGAUAUUAAUUUUUUGACCCCUUUGCAUCAUUUUAAGACUAAACUAUCCCUCUAAAUCUUGUUUUUUGUAGUUUCUCUUUUGUUGUCCAUAAAGGACUGUGUCCCUGUGUGUCAGGCGUAAUACAGUUCACUACAGGGAACACAGAAACAGUAAUGCACUGAAAUUUAACUGAAACAGUGUAAAUGAGGAAAAAAACAACAGUGAGCAAAGCAAAAAAAAUGUAUUAUUUUACAUCUCAUUCCAAAUCAAAUGCAAUACAUGCAUUCAGGUUGACAGGGUGUUUGUUCUGAGUAUUUGUGGAGCAAGUAAUAUGAUAAAUCUUGUGUUGCACUGUCGUGUUUGCGAUAUAGACCCAUUCUGUGUUGUAAUGUGAAGGCAACUGGAGCUCAUUAGGUUUUCUGGUCAGAUUAAUCUCGUUUGUAACGACUCGACCUCAAUAAAUGUCACUCUCACCA